AAAGGUUUGUGGGUGGAAGUUUGAAAAUCAAGAUGGCGGCGCCCUGCUCCAAGAUCGUGAGCCGUCCUUGGUGGCAAUUUAUUAAAAAUGUCGGUUGGACAGGGCUAAAUCAGACAGUAGUUCGACAACUUUCUCGGAAUAAUGCUUGUGGAGCAGCCGCUCAGACUAAAAGUAAAACAGAACGCAUCCCCUCGCAAUGGAAACUACACGGAGCGGUGUGUCUGCAGAGGCUACCUGUCAUAUCACAGGAGAGAAACCCUAUCGAAGACCAGUUUGCAGAACUAAUACACCAGAUGGAGCUGGAGCGCAGCUUGGUGUCAGAACACGAACUGAGGUUACUUGAGGAUGCCGAGCGCGUGAGGCGUAAACAGGCGGAGGACUACGAUUCUGAUGAGGAAGCGGAGUACGGAGACCAGGAGACCAUCACCGCCUUGGACCAGGAAGACGCCUGGGAACAGAAGCUCAAAAAAUUCCAACUGGCUCCAAGAGUUAGCGGUUUGUGUCAAGAUGAUUUGGAAGAUGACCAUCAGUCGGUGGGGAGGUGUCUAGGCGACAGCUUGGUGCUGCUCACCGAGGAGACACUGGGCCAGGAGAAGGUGUGGCUUCUCCCCCAGGUGCCGUGGCAGGCGGGAGAGACCCUCCGACAGACCGCGGAGAGGGCCCUCAACAGCCUGCCAGAGGCGGAUUUCAAGGCUACGUUCCUUGGCAGCGCCCCCUGUGGAGUGUACCGGUACAAGCUGCCCAAGGCCGUCCGGACAGAGAGUUGCCAGGGAGCCAAGGUGUUCUUCUUUAAAGCCUUGCUGUCGGGUCAUCCACCCCCUAGUCAGAAUGGACCUUUCCGCUGGGUGAAGAAGAGCGAGUUGCCAGAUUACCUGAAGCCAGCAUACUUGGAGAAGGUCAACCGCUUCAUUCUGGACCUGUGAUUGACAGAUGGUGACAGCGCUAAGAGGAGAAGGCUGUCAUUAUGAUGGUUCCGGUGGGGUCCAAAUGGGUCUCCAUCCCCUUGACAGGGCACUGUGGGUUUCUGGUCCAGAACUGUGAGCUCUACAGCCAUUUGGAACUGCAGUCUGUUUCAUUGCAUAUUUUUGUCAUGGCAACAGUUCAGUUCUGUUCACCAUCUGUUGUGUGUUGAGAUCUUAAUUAAAGAAUUUCCCCUUUUUUUUAUUAGCAUGUACUACAUUCAGUUUUGUCAGUGCAUAUAUUAAAUAAUUUAUUAGCAUGCAGAUGAAAUGAGGAUGAAAUUGUUUCCAUGUUUACAGUGUGGUUGACAUGUCGCAAACCUUAUUCAGUCUGUUUUUGUUUUUAUAAUAACUUCAUGCUAUAAACUAGUAUAUGUUGGCUCUUUUGGCCGUUUCAUAAUGCUGUGAUCAUUAUGUGGCAUGUAUUUUGGCCUCUGAGUAGGUCGGGCACUAUGCCUGAACGAGAUCCGCAUUGAAGCUUUGGUUGACUCCAGUGAAUCUUUCGGUCUACAGAUGAACGAUGAAAUAUGAGUGGAGGGGUUUCCACCUCUUCUCCUAUGCCCACCUUUUUGAUUAAAUACAACCCUAACGGCUGUUUUUUGUUCUA